UUAUUCAUAGUGAUCCUGUCAGCUCCUCAUUUAAGCCACGCCUGCUGAUAACAAGCGUCACACCUGCCCUGGACUGAGUGAGUGGCCCCGCCCUGUGAGAGAGGCUCAAACCAGUGAAGCAGGUGAAAUGUGGCCCAACAGGUCUGAUGGGAAACCAGAGAGACAGAGAGACAGUCAGAGAGACAGUCAGAGAGACAGCAGAGAGACAGCAGAGUGGACGCUGAGUGACUGACAAGCCUGUCAUUCAGGAGGAUUUAAGAGCAGUCAGGCCGGAAUCAAGACAAUGACAGAAUUGUGCUGCUGAGUGUGGAAGUGGAUUACACCUGGACCUCUCACGGCCUGUGGUCAUCAGCCUCCAUCUCCACCUCCAGGCUUGACACAGUGGAAUUUCCCUGCUCUCUUCCCAGGCUGAGGCCGGGGACAGAUGGUCGCUUUCAGACUUUGAGCAGAACUCAGGAAGGAGAGUGAGAGGAAGGGUGGGAGGAGGGCUGGAGAGCGAGAGGAAGAGAAGUGAGGAGUGGACAGAAGAGGAGACAUGCUUCGCUACGGUUCAGGACGACCUGUUUCCACCACCACGACUACGACAGAGGACUCUGCAGACUCUUUGAGUGAAAGGAGGAUCAGACGCCUCAGGCUCACUCUUCACGCAGGAGACAAUGGAAACAACACGUCAAAAACAGCUGAGAGAGAAAGAGAGAAAGAUAUCAGUGGGUCAUGGAAGAAGAAGAAUGGGCUGAUCCAAAGAGAGAGACCAGCUGGCAGGGAGUCACCACAGCAGCAGCACAAAGACACGACCAAUGGGCUGUCAGAGUCCUCGUCAGAGCAUCAUGGGCCCAGAGUGUACGGCGUGGUGCAGAGGACGGGCUCAGGACAGCAGGAGGUGAUGGCUCGAGAAUGGACCGUUAAUCACCUUCAAGAUGAGAUGAAGUACAUCAGAGAGGUGAGGGAUUCUUUGGAGAAGGUGAGAGAGAAGAUGUACGGGCAGUUUGGAGGGAUGCAGCAGUCAGUGCAGAUGCUCUCUCAGGACCUCAGGACUGCAAACUCACAGAGGAGGAGGAGUCUGGAGUCAGAGGUGAGGAUCAGGACGACAGCCAUGGAGAGCUUCGAUCAGAUGAACAGCUCCCUCAUAUCUGCCAACAUCAGCCUGCAGUUUCCGUUACAGAAAUCCCUCCUGGAAAACUGUCAGAGCAGAGUGGACACGAGAGAGAAGGACAAGAGCUUACGAAGCAACUAUGAGAAGACACAAGAAAAGCUCCGAGACAGAGAGAGAGAGCUGGCUGCUGCACAGGCUGAGAACCAGACUCUGAGACUCCAGGUGGAGUCUUCACACGAGGCCAAGACUCAGGCGCUGCAUGAUCUCUCAGAAAAGCUCCAGAGGGAGUACACAGAAAAACUCCAGGAGGAACAACGGAAACACAGGGAGGAGAUAGAAAGACUGCAGGCCCAAAUCGACGAGUACAUCAAACGACUGGAGGAAGCAGAGAAGAGCAUCAGGGCUGCAGAGGCCAGGAUCACAGAGAGAGACCAGAGGAUUGUUGAGCUGGAACGUCUCCUGGACUGCAUGGAAAAGGAAAAGAGUCAGCUCCACCAGAAGCUGCAGGAAUGUGAACAGCGUCUGCGACUGCUGGAGCUGACGGACACGACCGACUCUUCUGCUGUCAGGAGGUCCAAAGAUCUGCAGGCUGAAGCUCUGGAUCUGCGCGAGAGAAUCAAACACUUGAACGACAUGGUGUUCUGUCAGCAGAGGAAAGUCAAAGGAAUGAUUGAAGAGGUUGGAACUCUGCGAGCUCAGGUCGCUCAGAAGGACAUGUUCAUCUCUGAACUCCUGGACAGAAUUGCGAUCGUGGAGUGUGAGAAUAAUGAAUUAGAAGACAAGCUGAAGUAUUUUAUGUCCUCACAGAAUAGGGCACCAGAGGUUUGGGAAACCAGGGAGAUCGGAGUAGGCUGCGAUCUGCUCCCCAGACAUGAAGUGCAGAGUUAUGAUGUUGAACCAAGUCAUCUUCAUCCCAUGAAUCGCUCACCACUUGUUCAGCCUCCAUCCAAGAAACCUUCAUCACCUACAGAACCUUUGUCACCCAUAACAUUUCCAUCACCUACAGAACUUCUGUCACCCACCUAUCUCCUAUCACCCACACAACCUCUGUUAGAACCUCUGUUAGAACCUCUGUCAGAACCUCUGUCAGAACCUCUGUCAGAACCACUGUCAGAACCUCUGUCACCUGUCUAUCCUCUAUCACCCACAGAACUCCGAUCACCCACCUAUCCCCUGUACCCCUCACAGCUAUUAUCACCCACACAACCUCUGUCAGAACCUCUGUCAGAACCUCUGUCUGAACCUCUGUUAGAACCUCUGUCAGAACCUCUGUCAGAACCUCUGUCAGAACCUCUGUCACCUGUCUCUCCUCUAUCACCCACCUAUCCCUUGUCCCCCUCACAGCUGUUAUCACCCUCACAACCCCAUGAGCUUCUAUCCAUCACAGAACUUCCACCCCCCACGCAACCUUCACCUUACCCCACCCGGUAUCUUUCAUUGCCCAGCCAACCGAGGUCAUACAAACCCGGUAAACCCCGACCCAGCAGACUGGAGUCUAGUUUACUGAGGUACACUCCUGUUGAAUACAGUCGCCUCCUGCAGUCCAGCCCCCCAGUACAGAGAGACACGUUCACCUACCAAACUGGACCUGAGCCUGGAUCUGCGAGCCCGGUCCUGUCCGGCAGAGAUGAAGUGGACGCAGAGACAAACACACCUGUGCUGUCACAGGUGGAGGAAUCCUCCUCCUCCUCAUCAUCAUCAUCCUCGUCCUCUUCUCAAACAUGGUCCAGACCUCGAACGUAUACACCGUUCAUGAAACUCAUGGAAAUGACAGCAAAUAUACAAAUAGAGGACUAGAUACAUAUCAAAGUAACUUUUCUGCACAACAGCGCCCUCUGCAGUCAGAGGCUGUUAAACCUGUUGAAAACAAACCCAUCAAUCUCUUGAUUAGUGCUUUUUCUCUGUGAACUGUAACAAACACAACUCUGGUUAGUAUUCUUAGGAUUUUGGAAGUUUUCUUGGUGAAUAUUAGUUUGAUAAUUUCUAAGUCUUGUUAAAUGAUUCAUGUUUUAUUCUGGAACGUUCUCAGUCAGACUCUUACAAUAAUCACAUGAGAAAUGUGUUGAUGAAAACAAACACAUAAAGUUUCCCCUGAUCUGAUUCACUUACAAUGAUUCACCCACAAUUAUUAACUCCCUGAACUCCACUGAAGCAUGCACCUGCUCACCAGAGCGCAGUGGACCAAGCACCAAGUCAAGAUUGAUAGUGUUUGAUAGGGUUUGGUGUGAGUGGGUGUGUGUGUGUGUGCGUGCGUGUGGGUGUGUGUGUGUGGUGUUAAAACUAAACUAGCUGCAGUCACACACAUGCUCUGUAUUUAAAUAGUUUUGAUCGUCACUUAAAGGACUUCACAGUUCUACAGUUUUAUUAGUCCUGCAUUCACACACACACACACACACACGCGCGCGCACACACACACACACACACACACACACACAUUCUGCAUGCAGUGUUUCAUGUGUCACAUGAUUCCCAAACAUCCACAUCAGCACGUAAACUAAACACAGGCCUCAACACUCCGGGUGGAAGAAAGUGGACAGACUGGUCUUUAAAGACUAAUAUGUGCAGAAUUAAUCCUUCAACAGGAAACUCAACCAUCCUCUGUCUCACUUUAAAUUAGAGUUCUCAUUUUGAAAUCAUGGGAUCUCCAGGUGCUGACACCAUGUUUUUCAGAUUCAUGAUGGAACAAUCUCAGCUCUUCUCUUUUCCUCUUGAGUCACACACGUGUUGUAAUGAUGAUAAAAUGAAGGGUGUAAAUAAUCUGAAACAUGUUGUAGAUAAUAUACUGAAGGAUUAUGUUCUGUUUACAGUUGGAGAUUAUUGUGUGCAUAUCAUUUUAUAUUGGAUGUGUACAAAUGAAAUGAACGUUAUUUUUUGCUAUUGUCACAGUAUGUAAAUAAUAUUUAUUAACAUGCUUUGUGCCUUUGUCUGAUAGUGGUGGUGCUCUCUGUUGGGAACAGGGUGAGAUAAUAACAGUGUAAUCUGUGCUAAUGAUGGAACUCUUCAUUUACUUUAAAGUGAGGUAACUGCCAUUCCUGAGCCAAUGGCACACGUAUUAUUACCCAGCUGUUGUCUGUGCUGCCACGACUGUGAUACUUCAACGUACUUCAUGACUUUGUGCCUUUUACUUAACUUUACAUAUCAAACUAUUGCAAAAGGGCCAUGAAAUGUUUGGCUAAUAAAGAUUAUACUGUACAAUUA